AAAAUUUUAUUUCAUCACAUAAUCUUGGAAAACCCGAAAGCCUAAGGGCGGGUUGGAAGGACCAAAGAUUCAUGAUCAUGAUGAUUCACCCCUUUCAAAAAAUAACGGUCGCCGCGAUACGGCGUCGUUUACCCAACGUCACGGGGGCCAACCCCUUUCUUAACCUCCAAUUUCUCGGUACUUCAGCAAUUCAAUUCAUCACUCUCGUAAUUCGGACACCAAUUUUUCAUUUUUCUGGUCGAUCGAGAUAUGAUCGCGGUCUUUGGCCGAUCUCCGCUAGGGUUUUGGUCGCUGCGACUGGAGUCACCGCCGGUUUUGCCGAAGCUAGGGUUUUGGGAUUCAGGGAGUGAUAAAAGGACUGGUUUGAGCGUUGGUGUUGUAACUCCUGUGAGAUCCAAGGGCUUCUGGUCUGUUGUGGCCAUGGAGAGGUUGCAAAUGGCGUGUGUGAAUGAGAAGGUUUAUAAUGUUGGAGAUUUAGGGAAGGAUGGAUCUGAUUUGGUUGAGAAGUCCACCAAUGGUCAUGUCACAGUUUCAGGGAGGACUGUCAGCCAAUUGGCUACCAUUGGAAAUUCAACAAACAUUAUGUGGCAUGGAUGUCCAGUAGAUAAGGUUGAAAGACAGAAGUUACUUAAACAGAAAGGAUGUGUCAUAUGGAUCACAGGUCUCAGUGGUUCAGGGAAGAGCUCUGUGGCAUGUGCUUUGAGUCAAAGCUUAUACAGCAGAGGAAAGUUGUCUUACAUUCUUGAUGGGGACAAUGUCAGGCAUGGCCUAAACCGUGACCUUAGUUUUAAAGCAGAGGAUCGUGCUGAAAAUAUACGAAGGGUUGGAGAGGUAGCCAAGCUGUUUGCAGAUGCUGGACUUAUUUGCAUUGCCAGCCUGAUUUCUCCCUACAGAAGGGAUAGGGAUGCCUGUCGUGCACUUGUACCGGAAGGAAGUUUUAUCGAGGUGUUCAUGGAUGUGCCACUCCAAGUCUGUGAAGCGAGGGACCCAAAGGGUCUGUAUAAGCUUGCACGUGCAGGGAAAAUUCAAGGUUUUACAGGGAUUCAUGAUCCAUAUGAGCCACCAUUAAAUUGUGAGAUAGUACUAAAACAUAGUGAAGAGGUCUGUACCUCCCCUAGAGACAUGGCUGAGAAAGUGAUACAUUACUUGGAGGAGAAUGGGUACCUUCAGGCAUAGACCAUCUUCCUGGCUUAUCAAGCUGUUUGAUCAGACAAUAGUGCUGGCAAGAAGAAGGCACAUAACAACUGCAAUAAAGAGAAGAGUGCUGGCUUCCUGAGACCGUGCUUUAAUCCUUGCAUUAGUUAAUUGAUCAAUUAAUUAAUGCAUCCUCACUCUUCUAUUCCCCUUUGUAAGUAAUGUGUGUAUGAUGUUCUUUCCUUCUUUUGCUUUUAGGUUUUUUUUUUUGGGUUUGUUUCAGAAUUGCUGAAAAUAUUUGUAUUAUUAUUAUUGAGGGAAUAAAGCUUUCCAUUUGUGCUU